AUGCCACGAAGUGGUCCCAUCAAAGAAAAAGAUAAAGACAAGGAAAUUUCGAAGGAGAAAUUACAUGUAAAGGAAAAACAGAGGGAGAAAUCUCUGCGUAGAAUCGGAAAUGUGGAUUCGGAUGCUGGGCCAAGCAAUGGCGGACGGGCUUCUGACGCAGACAAAGCGGGACGAAAGCAUUCUGUGCGGCCUACAGACGAGUUGAAAUUGCUGCAGGACAGCCUUUCCCAAUUUUUUACGCCGUCUGCUGGGAGAAGAUGUCGGCAACCGCCUCGUAAAUUCGACGAGUCCGGUGUAAACAGUGACGACAGUGUUAAUCACAACAGUAACGUUGGAUACGAGAAAGUGGAACAUCUAGCGGAAAAGGUGCCGCGUAGGAAGAAGACACCUGUGGAUAUAUCAAUAAUGAAGCCGCUGUCUGUCGAUGUUGAUUCUAAACCUGAAUGCCCAGGUUCCUGUUCUUCGACACGCUCGGCAGCCUCCGACCCGUCGCCGUCCAGAAGAAUGUGUGAAAAAUUGGUGGAUUCACUUUCGCCUUACUUCAGUACGUCUUCUGAGAAGCGCCGAACCACUCUAAAGGGGGAAUUCGCUCAGCUGCACAGUGGGAAAACGAGAAGUGAACGAUCACCACCUCAUUCUCCACAAAGUCCUUCCAAUUGCCGUGAAGUGAAGUUUGAGCAAGACGAAGCAUCAACAAAUAAACAGAUGUCGUUAUCGUCGACAUCACGAAGGCGUCGUUCUGAAUGCGAAUUGCAGCCAGUGGUGGGCGGGCGAGGAACACAGAACAGUGCCAGUGCAGCGCUUUUCAGCUCACCGUCCUCGAGGAACGGACUACAACGAGCUCGAUCAUCCUCGAAAAGUCAAAGUCCCCCAGUGAAACGCGUACGAACACCAAAAAUUCUACACACGCCACAAGGAAGCCCACGCAAGUCACGCGGACGCAGACGUUCGAGUUUGGCAAAAGUUAGGAACUCCGCGGGUGAGACAACAGAAGAUGGUGAAACAACUGCGACAGAGAUAAGUGAACGGGAAGGAAAGACGUCAAAGAUGCGGAGCAAAAAGAAGGCGCUGAAAAAUGGUAAUACGGGCGGUAAUGACGAUGUCCUGGCGUGCACCGCCUCUCCAUCCGGUGAAAAGGAGAACUAUCAAAGUGCCGAUAAAGAAGGUAAAAUUCCGAUCACAGAAGAAGCACAACGGUUGUUUGACAACGUGCAGCUGCGGACUCAGGAGAGCAUCGACAAGGCGAUCAGGGAGAUUGCAUCGACGAUGAAGGACCCCACAGAGGAGCCACGUUGGCCAUUGGCUAUUCGGAUAGGCUCAUACGAGAUCUCCACAUGGUAUAGUGCCCCUUAUCCUCAAGAAUACGCACAUGUGCCAAUGUUGCAUAUUUGUGAGUUCUGCUUGAAAUAUAUGAAGACGGAAACGAUUCUGGUGCAACAUGUUAAAAAAUGCGAAUGGCGUCACCCACCCGGGAACGAAAUCUACCGGCACAAUAACGUGUCGGUUUUUGAGGUGGACGGCAAUGUUUCAAGGAUAUAUUGUCAAAACUUGUGUUUAAUAGCAAAGUUGUUCCUCGAUCAUAAAACUCUAUAUUACGAUGUGGAGCCAUUUUUGUUUUAUGUGGUCACGAAAAACGAUGAUUAUGGGUUCCAUUUCGUGGGAUACUUUUCGAAGGAGAAAUACAGCCAGCAGAAGUUCAACUUGUCAUGCAUAGUCACGUUGCCUUGCUACCAAAAACAGGGAUUUGGUCGUUUCCUGAUAGAUUUUAGUUUCCUUUUGUCACGUAAAGAACACUUGUCGGGCACUCCUGAAAGGCCGCUUUCGGAUCUUGGUAGGAUUUCUUAUGCUAGCUAUUGGCGGACAUCGAUUUUUGAAUAUAUUCAUGAACACGUGCCGAAAAAUAGUACUAAAAAGCUCUUACUUACAGAUCUUGCAAAAGGUACUGGCAUAGCAGUUCAUGAUAUUGUGGAGGUUUUUGACGCACUCAAGUGGUUCCAGAAACAGAAUGGCAGUCUUGUUCUCGUCUUCAACUGGACGAUGAUUGAUGCACACUGGAAGAAAGCAAAAGCCGACAAGACAAGAAUAUGGCUGAACGAAGCGGCUCUGAGGUGGACUCCAUGCGUAUACACACCGUCAAAAGAUUUUGGAGUUCGAUCGCCCGUUGUCUCACCGACUUCGCCUAACCAAAGCUCGACAAUCACAACUACACCUACUGGCGUCUCCCUUGCUGCUGUUGGUAGCACGAUUAAAAAGGGAGCCGCUCCGCUACGAACAACUCGUAAAGCAGCUGCUACGCGUCGUCUGAAGCUUGGCGUAGGAUCAGAUGGAACGAUAGCAUCAGGGAGACGCCAAGCUAGUAAAGUGUGCACAACUACUACCGAAGACGAGACAAGCAGUAGCAGCGAAGAAGAGGAGCAGAAAACUAGGAGGGGAUGCCGAGAUCCGUUUUCUAAACGUGGACGACGUGACGAUUCGCCUGACGAAGAUAACGACACAGACCGAGGAGCGCGGAGAGUGAGGCGCGAUGCAUUGAAAACAAGUACUCCUGCCGCCCGCAAAAAGACACCAACAACUACGGCGCCUAAUGGACGGAAAAUCGGCAGCUCUGGAGGGUUUUCUCGAAGAGGGAAGGUGGUUUUUGAAGAGAACGACAGCGCUACGAACUCACCGUCAACAAGUUCUAGCUCCGAAUCUGACCUCGACGUCUCUUUUUACAUUGGGAAGAAACCACCUAAAGGGAAAGUUCCUCCUACCCAGCGAAGAAAACGGUCUGCACCUCGGAAACCGUCUGGAAAAAGCCCCGGAAAAGUCUUUCCCGGCAACUACGGUCAGCGUAGUCCGCCAAAGGCUGCUGCUGUUACAGCAUCUCCGUUACCUUCAACCAACAGAGAUGUCGUCUCCUCAGUAGUACCUCACUGUGAUAGCCCGACAACUUCUGUCGGGACUGCCGCCACAGUUCCCAUGCGGCUGGGUGAUGCUGCGAUGCGCUGUAGCCCUGGGGGUGGCAGAUCACUACAAGAUGUAGAAGCUGAUGAGGAAGUAGCUGCAAUAGUCGGAUCCACACCUCCGACUGACCGACCCCUGCUCGAGCCACACCACACCGCAACACCUCCAGCGGUCCGACCAGGAGCAGAGUCUCAGAUUGGGGCGAGAACAGGUCAACAGCAAAAUAAAGAUGGAAAGUCUACGACAGCUAGCAGUGCUGAAACAAGCGAACAUAGCGAUGUUGAGCCAAGUCACGCUCCCUCGGAAUCUUCUCGAAGCGCCUCGAGUUGUUCGAGCCGUGGAGCUGGUGGAGCAGACUCACCGCGUCCUCUCGGAGACCGCAUACCAAAUAAUGAUGAAGCGGUUAAUAUGGGAGGAGUUCCGGAUGACGAUGACGGUUAUUCGAGAUGUGCGCCGUCAGAGGAAAGUGACCAUCCACCUCAACUGCAAGCAGAAGCUGCUAUAGCUGUUUCCACUGGAGGAGGUUCGAGUGACGAGGCACCGCCUCGUCUCCGUCAUGAUGUCCAAGAUUCAGUAGGGUGUGUAACGGUAGGAGGUCAACCGCCAUCGCAUGAUGACUAUAAUACGGAUGAUGACGAUGCUCCUCCUCAAUUAUCUCCGGCUAACAUUGAGCCAAGAGCACCGCCUCCAAGAGAAAUGACUGAAGAGGAGAAACAGAAAUUGGCUAUGGAUAGACCUCCGAAAGCUCCUGCGAUGUUAGAUAAGGUGAACGACGAGGAUAACGAGAGCAUGUACGCGACGAUUAUGGGUGUGCAAUCAAUGCCACAGAUGGAGCUGCAAUGCUUGUCGGUGUCUAGUCAACAACAAGUCACCACACCUUUGCAGCAGUACCCAGGAAGUUUGAAACAAACAACUCCUGGCAGCGUUCCUUCGUGUCAAAUGCAGAAUCAACACACUCCAGAGAUGCAGCAGCAAACUUUUAUGAGCCCUAUAAUGCAGAAUAUGUGCGCCCAACCAUCUUCUGUCUCUUCGGUGCACUCACAACACAACUCAUCCCUGGAAAUACCUGGAGGCUCUGGUACGUCCAGCCAAGCCUCCUAUCCUGGCUUAGCACCACCGUCAGCAAGUGCUCCAGCUGUUCACUCUGAUCCGAGUACCCCACUGAGGCCGCCUUGUCAAGGAUCUGCCCCAGGAUUUAGUAGUCCACCACAGGCUGCACCCAUUCAACAACAGACAGCAGGACAGGAGAUGCGAAUUAGAACGUCUACUGAGUCUGCCGCCCAACAGUCCUCUGGAGGAUCGAGGAGAAGUGGAGAGUCUUCGAGAUCGAAACAAAGAACUAGUCAGCAGCAACAACAGCAACAGCAGCAACAACAACAACAACUGCAGCAACAACAGCAACAACAACAACAACAGCAAAUGGCUGCAAUGCACACAAUGUCUUUUGCCGCAAAUCCUUACGCCGGAAUGGCAGGGGCGACACAUGCUCAAACUUAUUCGCCUUAUCCAGCUGCAUAUCCGACUCACUUCGAUCCUGCAGCCGCUGGGUUUCCGACGGCAAAUCCUUAUUGGCAAACUGGGUAUCCCCAAUAUGCGGCUGCAAAAGCGGGGCCUGGCAUGGGGUCUAUGAUGACAGCGAAUCCUGCGACCUUCCCGUAUUCCUAUCCAAACGGAAUGACAUCUGUAAAUGGUCGGUCUCAGUCAACCACAGGCGCAUGGCCACGUUAUCCUCAAGGUAUGACCCCUUUUGCUGGAGCCGCAACCAAUCCUGCAGCUUUCUCAGUAGCUCCAGCAGCCACAGAUUUCAUGUUUAACCCAGCAGCGGCGGGUUACUUCGGUAACAGCUCGUAUCCAUUUAACAUAGCGAAGUAG